AUGCUCAGCCCAGCAGUGGUCCUCCACAGCCCAGCCCAUGAGGUCCCGGCAGGGGAUGCCAGCAGGGCCGGGGAGAAACCGCUUCGGGGCACCCCAAACUCCCGCCCCACUGCCAUCAGCCGGGUCCGGCACACAUCUCUCAACAUCAGGGACAAGAUAUCAGAGUGGGAGGGGAAAAGGGAGCUGCCCACCCCGGCCUCGGGCAGGAGAGCAGAUGGACCUGAGGCUGACGUGGCGUCCUGUGUGCCAGAGAGGAGGAGAGGCAGUGAUGGUUUGAGGACGUGGGUCCCGGAGGCCAAGCCUGGCGCCCAGCCGGAUGCGAAGAGUGAAGGACCAGUGAGACCCGGGGGACAGCAGGUGGCCCGGAGGCCAGACGUCACCCGGCCAGGUGGGGGCUAUGGCACGCAGCACCCCGAGAAGGACAGCCUUUCAGUACUGAGGCAGGUCAGGCGGCUGGAGCAGGCCUUGAAGGACGGUUCAGCGGGGUUGGAUCCCCAGCUCCCCGGGACCUGCUACUCACCGCACUGCCUGCCCGAUAAGGCGGAUGAUGGACCCAGCCCUCUGGAGGGCCGCACCGCUGGCCGUGAGCCUGGCCGCAGGCUUCUGGACCUGGGGGGCCAGGAGCCCACACCUGAGCCUGCCGGACCCUGGGACCAGAGCCUGGAUAGUGUGUAUGGAGGAUAUGAGGGGUCCCCCCUGAGGCCCUUCAUCAACCCCCUGCCAAAGCCCCGGAGAACGUUCAAACACGAGGGAGACGGGGACACGGCUGGGCAGCCAGGUGUCAGCGUCUGGAGAGAAAAGAGAAGUCUUCCCCCACUGCCCCCGUGCCUGCCCCCACCCCUGCCCUCCUCGCCACCCCCACCCUCGGUGAACAGAAGACUCUGGAAUGGGAGGCCGAGGGCCAGUGCCGACCAGAGGAAGUCCUAUGAGUUCGAAGACUUGCUGCCGUCCUCUUCAGAGAGCAGCAGGGUGGACUGGUACGCCCAGACGAAGCUGGGCCUCACACGCACUCUGUCCGAGGAGAACAUCUAUGAGGACAUCCUAGAUCCACCAAUGAAGGAAAACCCGUACGAGGACAUCGAGCUGCAUGGCCGCUGCCUGGGCAAGAAGAGUGUCUUGAACUUUCCUAGUUCCCCUGCCUCUUCCAGCCCCGACACACCCGCCAAGCAGUCACUGUCCAAGCCUCCUGUUUUUUUCCGGCACAAUUCCGAGAGGAGGAACUUCAAGUUGUUGGACACAAGGAAGCUGAGUCGGGAUGGAACUGGGUCCCCUUCCAGGGUCAGCCCCCCGUCCACUCCCAGCAGCCCUGACGACACCUUCUUCAACCUUGGAGACACACAGAACGGCCGGAGGAAGAGAAAGAUACCCAAGCUGGUGCUCCGCAUCAAUGCCAUCUUUGAGGCCCGGAGAGGGAAGAAGCGGGUGAAGAGGCUGUCCCAGUCAGCAGAGAGCAGCUCCGGGAAAGUGACAGAUGAGAACAGCGAGUCUGACAGCGACACCGAGGAGAAACUGGAAGCGCACAGCCAGCGCCUCGUUCACGUGCAGGCCCGCCUGAAGCAGGCGCCACGGUGCCCCGCCCUGGACCGGGACCUGUUCCAGCACCAGGAGAGGCAGCUCUUUGAGCACUUCGUGGUCGUGUCGCUGCAGAAGAAGCAGGCGGGGGCCACCUAUGUGCCGCAGCUCACGCAGCAGUUCCCUCAGAAGCUGGAGCGGUCCUCCGUGUUCCUGCGGGAGGCUGAGGAGCAGCUGAAGGCCAUCCCACAGUUCUGCUUCCCUGACGCCAAGGACUGGGCUCCCGUUCAGCAGUUCACCAGUGAGACCUUCUCGUUUGUCUUGACUGGAGAAGACGGAAGCAGGAGGUUCGGGUACUGCCGAAGGCUGCUGAUGGGGCCCCACUUGACUUCUGCCCCUCAGCCCCACCUCAUUUCUGCCUGUCAGGCCCUCCUCAUUCUGCCCCGUCCCUCCCAGGUAACCAAGCGGUAUGGCCCACUGUGUAGGCCUGGCCCCCCAUUUCUGCCCUAUCCCUCCUAGGUGAUCGAGCUAUGCCGCCCGCUGGACUCCCGGCUUGAACACGUGGACUUCGAGUUUCUCUUCUCCUCACUCAGCGUCCACCACCUGGUCUGUGUCUUCGCUUCCCUGCUCCUGGAAAGGAGAGUCAUCUUUGUGGCUGACAAGCUGAGCACCCUGUCCACGUGCUGCCACGCGGUGCUGGCGCUUACCUACCCCUUCACCUGGCAGCACACCUACGUCCCAGUGCUGCCACCCUCCAUGAUUGACAUCGUGUGCUCGCCCACCCCCUUCCUCCUCGGGUUGCUUGCCAGCACGCUGCCGCUGCUCCAGGGACUGCCGCUGGAGGAGGUCCUCGUGGUUGACCUGGACAACAACCGGUUCCUCAGGCAGAUGGACGACGAGGACUCCAUCCUGCCGCGCAAGCUGCAGGCGGCCCUGGAGCACGUGCUGGAGCGGAGGGACGAGCUGGCUGGCGGGCCGGAGGAGGGCUCCGUGGACGGCAGGCCUGGCCCCCAGUCCAGCCCCCUGAAUGCGGUGGUGUCCGAGGCUUUCGUGCGCUUCUUCGUGGAGAUCGUGGGCCACUACUCGCUGUUCCUGACACCGGGGGAGCGUGAGGAGCGGUCGCUGCAGCGGGAGGCCUUCCGCAAGGCCGUGUCGUCCCGGAGCCAGCGCCGCUUCCUCGAGGUCUUCAUGGAGACGCAGACGUUCCGAGGCUUCGUGCAGGAGCGGGCGCUGCGCCGGCAGGACACCAAGGGUCUGUUUGAGGUCCGAGCCCAGGAGUACCUGGAGACACUCCCCAGUGGCGAGCAUGGUGGUGUCAACCGGUUCCUGAAGGGACUAGGCAAUAAAAUGAAAUUCCUCCACAAGAAAUAG